GAGCACUAGCUGGAGCCGGAGCCGGAGCCGGGCUUGGAAGGCAGGUGGGGAACUGGAGGCCCAGGGUGAUUAAGCCACUUGGCCAAGGUCACAGCUUGACAGAAGUCAAGGUGGCAGCAGCUGCCAGAAAGUUUGCGCCAUCUGCCUCUUUCCAUCUCUGCACGAGGCUGCAUUAAAUGGCUGAUAAACAGAUCAGUUUACCAGCCAAACUGAUCAAUGGAGGGAUUGCAGGGCUCAUUGGGGUCACUUGUGUAUUCCCCAUCGACCUGGCUAAGACAAGGCUACAGAACCAGCAGAAUGGACAGCGCAUCUACACCAGCAUGUCAGACUGUCUCAUUAAGACUAUCCGUUCUGAGGGCUACUUUGGCAUGUACAGAGGUGCUGCUGUAAAUCUGACCCUGGUCACGCCAGAGAAGGCCAUUAAGCUGGCAGCCAAUGACUACUUCCGCCACCAUCUUUCCAAGGAUGGGCAGAAGCUGACCUUACUGAAGGAGAUGUUGGCCGGUUGUGGGGCUGGCACAUGCCAAGUGAUCGUCACCACCCCCAUGGAGAUGCUCAAGAUCCAGCUCCAGGAUGCAGGGCGCCUCGAGGCUCAGAAGAAGAUGCUGGAGACCCAGGCCCACCUCUCAGCCCAGGGCGGGGCCCAGUCUGUGGUGGGGUCUGCUGCCCCUGCCCGCCCUACAGCCACCCAGCUGACCCGGGAGCUGCUGAGAAGCAAGGGCAUUGCAGGGCUCUAUAAGGGACUGGGCGCCACACUGCUCAGGGAUGUGCCCUUCUCCAUCGUCUACUUCCCUCUCUUCGCCAACCUCAAUCAGCUGGGCCAUUCAGAGCCAGGAGCCAGGUCGCCAUUCUAUGUGUCUUUCCUGGCAGGCUGUGUUGCAGGGAGCACGGCUGCUGUGGCUGUCAACCCCUGUGAUGUGGUUAAGACCCGCCUGCAGUCUCUGCAGCGAGGUGUGAAUGAGGACACUUACUCAGGCUUCCUGGACUGUGCCAGGAAGAUUCUGAGGCAUGAAGGCCCAUCAGCCUUCCUCAAGGGCGCCUACUGCCGGGCCCUGGUGAUCGCCCCACUCUUCGGCAUUGCCCAAGUGGUCUACUUUGUGGGCAUCGGUGAGGCCUUGCUGGGGCUACUCCCAGGUCAGCGCCACGACUGAACCCCGUCCAGCUCCCAGCCUGGCCCCAGCCCCCUUCUGUCACCCUCUGGGAGACCCCACCCUAGAGCUACAGGCAGAAACUCUGGAAGGAGACCUCAGUGUGGGGGCGGUAUUGCUCCUGAGUGUCCUUGGCGUGGUGGCAGCCGAUGUGGAAGGGUGGGAGGAAGCCAUAGUGCAACCCCUCCCCCUCCUACAGAGACUGGGAUCAAUUUUUUUUAUUUAUGCAGAAAUAGAGACCGUUACAUUCCUUAGUCCCCUGCCCCAACUUGGGCUGGAGAGGGGGCCCCAGAGACCUUGUGGCUCUUCUUCUCCUCCCCCUCUCUGAGCUGGCCUCAGGCUGAGGGGACCCCCACUGGUUACUGCCCCAGGCCCUAUCUGGCAGGGUCCCAGGGCAUGGGAACCCCUCCUCAGUCCUACCUCUGUGGAGAGGACCAGGCACAAAGCUAUUUAUUAACAUACCGGAGCCCUGAGAGGGAGCAGCGUCGCCUGGGGGCAAGGGGCACCAUCCCUACCAGCCUCCACUGGUCUGUAUGUCCGUCCUUCCCCUUGCCUCUAGUCAGUUUGCUGCCCUUGGGGAAUGGGGAUGUCUUGGCUUCUCCCCCACCUAUCAGGGUCUCUUAGGUAUUCUGCUGCUCUGAGGCUCCUGGCUUUCCAGUCCCCAGGGACCCCUAAACAGGAGCCAGGCUUUGGAUGGCCAAGCUCCUCCCCCCUCCUUCCUUUCUUCCUCUGGAGAGAUCUUUAGGGCCUCUUCUGGAGGUUUCUGACUGGGUGUGGCCUAUUCCCACCCUGCCCUCUCCAGCUCUUCCUGUGAGAGUGAGGAGGCACCCCUGGCAUCCUAGAGGGGAGGGGUGACUUUUGAGGUUCGAGGACUCAAUGGCUUCAAGAUCGGGCAGAGUCCUCCCCUGGCCUCCUUGAGGCCCUGAGAGGGGCAGGGCCCAAAAAUGAUUGAGGGGAGGGGCUCCAGGAUUGUUUCUGUGUGGAGUUAUGUGCAGUGUUGGUAUGUUCUUGUGUCUGACUCUAGUUUUGUGUGUGUGUGUAUGUGUGUGUGUGCGCAUCGGAGAAGGGGAGAAAUGCCACAGGAUCCCGAAGUGGCUAAGAACCCAGAGAAGGGCCUUCAGGGACCUGAUAGGAUGCCUCCCCUCCCCCAGCCUUGAGCUGAAUCGUGGGGCGAUGACUGUAUCCCAACGGAGUUGGGUUAGGGGACCUUAAAGAAGGGCCAUGCUCAGCCCUGCCCCCUUAUUCCUUGUUCCUUCUGGAUUCCUGCCAGGGCCUGGGACCACCUGACCUCGUAGUAUCCCUCCCCUUCCCUAGCCAACAGCCCCAUCCCAACUGGCCGCCCCUUAGGAAGGUCUGUUUACCUGGUUCUCCCAGCAAAGGGUAUGGGGGCUCCUUGGGGAAUCACAUUGUGGGGCCCUGACUAGGUAGACUCCAGAAUCUGUGGGGCAGCUCUCUUUCCACCCAGAACUAAUCCAACUAGCUUAGGUAGCCCCUCCCCCCCAAAAAAAGUGUGAAUGUUUGGUGACCACCUGGUGUGAGGGUGCUGUGCCUGUCCCUGGCCACUUGGUAAGAGCUGGGGGAUGAACCUCAGUAACACUAAUUUAGGCCCCUACCCACCCCAGUGCCCAGGAGGCUGCUCCUGAGGCUAACUGCCAGGGGGCACUGUUGCCAAUUAGGGCACUAAGAAAGUAGCUGGGCCUCGGACAGCUCUCACCCCUCUGCCCAUUGGUUGUAGAAUCAAAUCUUGGACAAACCUGUACUUUGCAAAGCUGCUGCUUACAGAAGUCUAUUUUUUUUCCUUCUGAACAAGAGUUUUAAAAAGUUGUAAUUUUUGUGUCUUGUCAUGUAAGAGAAUAAAGAAAUAAAUAUUCUAAGUAGA